UUUCGUCCUUUAAUAUUAGGUAAAGAAUUAACCCCCGGUUUUCAUGAAAUACAAGAUGCUCACUGAAUGAAAAGAAAUCAUAUGGCUUGUGGAAAAGAAUCGCAUUAUCACAACCAUGCUUCACUAAUUUUCUCGAUAUAUCACCAAAAGUUGUAUGAGCAUACCGAUUAGGGGCAACAAGAUUGGCAAUGAUCUUGUGUGCCCACAUUAGACUUUGUGGUUGACAGACACAGGGAUAUAUCAAAUGCACAUGUCUAUCAGGUUCAAUGCGAGUGAGCCAAUUGCUAGCAGCAGGGCCAAUGGAGCCAUGGAACGCACUGCUAUAUAUACAGCAGUACGUGAGGGUAAGACACAGCAAAGAUAUAGUACCUUGGCCAUCAUGAGCAUAGGCAUCGCCUGAGUUGCGGCGGCCGCUCUUUUCUCAUGCUGCUGCCUGAUGGUUGCACUUCCAGCUAGCGCAGCUGCAGCCAGAUCAGGUGGCAGCAGUGGACCACUAUACAACGCCAUCUUCAGCUUCGGUGACUCCGCAUCCGACACUGGCAACUUAUGUGUCGAUGGUCGGCCAGGGCCUGCCGGCCUGUUGGGCAUUUUCACCCGUCUCCCCUACGGUGUCACCUAUUUCGGGAAGCUCACUUGCCGGUGCAGCAAUGGCCGGGUUAACAUCGACUUCCUGGCGCAAGCGUUCGGGCUGCCAUUCCCCCUGCCAUCCAAGGCGCCCCGCAAGGACUUCCAGCGAGGGGCGAACAUGGCCAUCAUCGGCGGCACCGUACUUGACUACAGCAACGCCAGCCUCAAGUUCACUGCCUACGACGGCUCCAUGAACACCCAGAUGGACAAUUUCCAACAAUUGUUGCCUUCAAUCUGUGGAACACAGCAGAGUAAUUAAGCACUGAGCUCGUUCUAAUAUAUUCAAUCAUUUGAUCGACUGAUUUACACACGCGAGAAUAUUUUCUUUGGUGCCAUAACUAAAGUUUACUAACUUAAAUAUGUGCCUAUAUAUAGGUUGCAAGAUGUAUUUGGCCAAAUCCCUGUUUGUGUUUCAGUUGGGGGAGAAUGACUACAGCAUCCAGCUGGUCAAUGGAUCCACAGUAGACGAGGCCAGCAAGAACAUACCCAGAAUAGUGAACACCAUCAUAUCUGGUGUGGAGGUAACUGCAAAGUUUUAUAGUUCUCCCUCUGUUUGCAGGCUUGUCGUUU